AUGGGAGACGGCGCCCCGGACAAGGGAGGCGCCACCUGGAACAUCUCGACCAAGCGCUCGGGUCGGUGUAAUACGCCUACGAACUGGGUCGACGGCUUCCGCCGCGCUGAGAAGCGCCCUAUGAAGAGUCGCGAUGGUGGCUACAAACAGACUCCCGCGCCGCUCGUGCCGCCUGGCGAGCAUUACUACGACAUUGGUGCGGCAAAUGUGAGGACGGCCAACACAGCUCUCGCGAGGGAACUCAAAGGCCGACACUUGCAGAUGAUUGCGUUUGGCGGUGCCAUUGGAACCGGUCUCUUCGUUGCCUCGGGCGGCUCUCUGUCCACCGGCGGACCGGCCACCCUCUUUCUCGCAUUCUUCAUCCUCGGCCUCUUGCAAUACUGCACAAUGCAGUCACUAGGCGAGCUUUGCGUGCUAUUCCCCGUCGCUGGCUCCUUUUCUGCCUUUUCUACCCGCUUUCUCGACCCCUCGUGGGGUUUUGCCAUGGGAUGGAAUUACUGUCUCCAGUGGCUCUUUGUGCUGCCGAUGGAGAUUAUUGCUGCAGCUUAUACAAUUAGUUAUUGGAACGAAAGCCUCAGCAAAUCUGUCUUCGUUGCGAUAUUUCUUCUAAUUAUUAUCAUCAUCAACCUGUUCGGAGUCAAGGCAUAUGGUGAAGCAGAAUUCAUCUUCUCAAUCAUCAAGGUCACGGCUGUUGUCGGUUUCAUUUUGCUCGCUACUGUUAUUAAUAUUGGCGGCCACCCUGAAAGCGGCUAUAUUGGCUGGCAAUACUGGCAGAACCCUGGCGCCUUUCACCAUGGCUUCAAGGGCUUCUGCACCGUCAUCGUCACAUCGUCCGCUGCCUUUGCCGGGACCGAGUUGAUCGGUUUGGCCGCGGCCGAGACUGCCAACCCCCGAAAGUCCCUCCCUACCGCCAUCAAGCAGGUCUUUUGGCGCAUCACCAUUUUCUAUUGUGUUUCGCUUCUCCUUGUUGGACUUCUCGUCCCUUAUAACGAGCCCCGUCUCUUGGGUGGCAAAAGCAGCGCAGACGCCCUGGCAAGCCCUUUCGUUAUUGCUAUUGAGAGCGCCGGCACUACUAUUCUGCCUAGCAUUAUGAACGGCAUCAUUCUCGUUGCUGUCAUUUCGGUUGGCAACUCUUCCGUAUAUGGCUCGUCUCGAACACUUCUUGCGCUCGCUGAGCAAUCUCACGCGCCUCGAAUCUUUGCAUAUGUUGACAAGCAAGGCCGUCCUUUAAUGGCUAUCCUCCUUGCAUUUUUUAUUGGCCUUUUGGCCUUCUUAGCCGACCUGGAAGCCAACGGCACCGUCUUCAACUGGCUUCUAUCAAUCAGUACCCUCAGCAUGCUCUUUACCUGGGGGAGCAUCUGCCUCUGCCACAUCCGUUUUAGGGCGGCAUGGGCUCAUGCAGCUUGCCCUCUGGAGCAGCUCCCUUUCCGCUCAACUGUUGGCGUUAAGGGGUCUUGGUUCGGGCUUGCUGGCUAUUCCCUGAUUCUCCUUGCGCAGAUUUGGAUCGCCAUCUCGCCCAUCAAGCUGGACGAUAACAGCGCCAGCACUAGAGUCCAGGCCUUCUUCCUCCGGGUCAUGGCUCUCCCCAUCAUCAUGCUCUUUUAUGUUAUCCACAAAUUGUGGUACCGGACCGGUUUUAUUCGAGCAAGCGAUAUGGAUAUUACCACAGGUCGGCGGUACUUCCGAGUCCACAUUGCUACCGAGCAAGAGCGAGAAGAGCAGCUAAAUUGGCCAAUUUGGAAAAAGGCCUAUCGCAUCAUGUGCUAG